CUGGUCUUCUCUGUCAUUAUUUAACAGAACAGGUUGAUCACAUAAACAAACUGUAGCUGAUCCUGUUGGGAGAAACCAGAACGUGAAAAUCGGUCCUAUCUAUCUAACUCGCAUACCCGAAAGAUCUCAGCAAAAAUGCCUCUUGCUAGAGAUUUGCUGCAUCCCAGUUUAACUGAGGAGAGGAGGAGACACAAGAAGAAGAGGCUUGUGCAGAGUCCCAACUCGUAUUUCAUGGAUGUUAAAUGCACAGGCUGCUAUAGAAUCACCACAAUCUUCAGCCAUGCUCAGACACCAGUACCUUGUGGGGGGUGUUCUCUUAUCCUCUGCCAGCCUGGAGGGGGCAAAUGCAGACUUACUCCAGGUUGUGCCUUUAGAAAGAAACACACCUGAGCAGAAAUAUGGGACCACCUGUCAGGCAUCAGAAUGGACCAUUCAUGAAAAAAAUGAGUCUCACACUCCUUGAAAUGAAGUGUCCUAAUCCUUGGAGAAGAAACAUCACCUCUCUCUGAGCAUCUUGUUGAUUUGGAGGGCAAUUGGGUUCCUCCGAUAGGGUUUCAUUGGAUAGGGGUGGAGCUUUGAAGCUCAAGAAAAACUCGAAGUUGUAAACCUGCAGACAUUCCGUUGUGAUCAGAGCAAAUCACAUUAAUAUUAGAUUGCUAAAAAAUGAAGCACUCAGUGUUUAUAAAUAUGUACACAGUAUCUACAUCAACAUGAUUAUAGACUUGAAAGUACAAAAAAGUCAAACAAGGUUGAUUUCUGUAAAACAUUUAUUAGAUUGACAUAGAGAGAGGGGUGGUGAAUUAAAUUUCUCAAGAUGGUGUCCUGGCCCUGGCAUGAGAUGAAACCACGAUGACCAUCACAAACAAAAAUAAAACAUUUUAAGAAUUUA